CUUCGAACCCCACCCUCUCCCCACUGUCCGUUUUUGAUCAUUUCCAGGCCCAUCUCGUGCUCACCGUCGAACUCCACCGGCGUUCUGGCAAGCUGACAAGAUCCAGAAUAAACUACACAGCAUAAAAGAGAGAGAAAGAUCAAUGUACCCCAAAGAAAGGAAAAAAAGGCUCGUCUCGCUACAGCUGCAACCUCCUUGCAUGCAUUGCUUCCUCUCUUCGUAUACGCUCACUGUUCGAGUCACCUCACGAUCCCAGCCUCAGCAGCUGUCUUCAUCGAAACAAUCGCCAUACUCCAAUCUAUCAGUACAAGAGUAAAUUAAUGGAAUCGUGCAGCUUUUAGUUUUAGUGUUGCGGCUCCCCCAAGGCAAGCCCCAUUUGCCUUCGCUCUCGUCAAAAGACGACAACCGCGGCGGGGGGAGGAGUUAAAGUCCCCGCGCGCCCCGCCUUGGAUGGCAGCGUCCGCCCACCUCAAAACCCAGUCUCAUCCCCACCCCUCGAGAUCCAAGCGUCACAAGCGCCGCGAGACCACCAUCUCCACCUCCCCCUCCCCACACGUCGUCUCGUCCGACGGCGGCGCCUGGUGCUGCGCCGCCUCCUCCAAGCCCCACCACCACCGCCCUCCCUCCCCUGCCUCCUCCCCUCCCGACCCCCGCCGCCCUCCUCCACCUUCGCCGCCGCCGCCGGAGCCGGAGCCGGAGCCGGAGCCCGCUUUCGCCGAGGAGCCCUCCCCUUUGACUUCCCUCCAUUCGCAGUCGCCGGCCCGGGUCUCCCCAGGCUGGGCCUCACCGGGCGCCGCCAUGGACGCUGCCCCAGGCGCCGCCGCGUUCCCGGCCUACCCUCUGUAUCCCUCGAGCUACAACAAGUUCAACUCUGCCCUCAACGCGGGGCUCCUCAACCCCAUGUCCCCCCCGCCCCGCUCAAGCCCCACCCUCUUUGACAUGAUGACCAACGAGCAGGACUACCAACCCCGCGCCCUGCCGCCUCCCCCUCCCCCUCCCCCUCCGCCCGCGGGCCGCGCCGCGCCCGUCCAGGUCCAGGACCAGCGGCUCCUGCUCCAGGAGCGGAUCGCAGAUGUUCUGGGCAGCUGUAGCCCUGGGAAUCAGUUCAAUGACCCGGACUCCAGCGACGUCCGGCUCACCCUAAGCUCCAAGGAUGGCCUCAGCGUCUCCCUCAACGUCCAUCGCCACAUCCUGGUUGCCCACAGCCAAUUCUUCGCUGCCAAGCUCUCCGACCGUUGGUCCCGCCAGCAGCGCUCGCUCCCCCACCUCGUCGAGAUCUCCGACUGCGACGACGUCGAGGUCUACAUCGAGACUCUCUGCCUCAUGUACUGCAAGGACCUCCGCCGCCGCCUCAUGAAGGAGGACGUCUCCAAGGUCCUCGGCAUCCUAAAGGUCUCGGCGGCAAUCGUGUUCGACGCCGGGGUUUUGUCUUGCCUGGAGUACCUGGAGGCCGCUCCCUGGGCCGAGGACGAGGAGGAGAAGGUGGCCUCGCUCCUCUCCCAGCUCCAACUCGGGAGCUCGGGCGCAGGGGAGGUCCUCAAAAGAGUCUCCAUGGAAGUAGGGCCCUCGUCGGCGAGCGAAGCCAACAGCAACGGUGGCCAGGAGAUCCUGGUCCGGCUUCUCCAGGUGGUCUUGGAGGGCAAGGACGAGAAGGCACGGCGGGAGAUGAAGGGCCUCGUAUCCAAAAUGCUCCGGGAGAACAGCGCCUCCUACGGCAGGCGCGGCGGCUGCGCCUCCGGCGGGGACCUCAGCAAGGAGUCCCUCUACUCCGCCUGCGACGGUUGUCUCCGCCUCCUUCGCCACCACUUCCUCCGCGCUGCCGCCGCCGACCUGUCGGAGGCCGCCCAAAUAGCACGCCAGGCCGACAACCUCCACUGGAUCCUUGACAUCCUCAUCGACCGCCAGAUCGCCGACGAGUUCCUCCGGACCUGGGCGGCCCAGGCGGAGCUCUCGGUGGUGCAUUCCAAAGUCCCGGCAAUCCACCGUUACGAGGUGAGCCGGGUCACCGCCCGGCUCUUUGUUGGGGUGGGCAAGGGCCAGAUUUUGGUCUCCAAGGAGGCGAGGUGCAUGCUCUUAAGGAUUUGGCUUGAGCCUUUCUACGAGGACUUUGGGUGGAUGAGGAGAGCCUGCAAGGGGCUCGACCGCCACUUGAUCGAGGACGGGCUGGCCAAUACCAUUCUGACGUUGCCACUGGCAAUGCAGCAGGAGAUCUUUCUGGCCUGGUUCGAGCGGUUCCUGAAUUCUGGCGAUGAGUGCCCUAACAUCCAGAGGGGGUUCGAGGUGUGGUGGCGGAGGGCUUUCUGGCGGCGGAAUGGGGAGCCCGAGAAGCCGCCGCAGCUCAGGAUCGCCGCCGUCUGUGAGAAUUCCUCCUGACCAGCAGCCUCGUUGCCAUCUGGACUCCUAGGGGGAUUGCUAUAGGCCUUAUCCGUGCAAUUAAAGCUCGCUUGGAAGGCCCAGCAAGUGUUAAAAUGUCGGUUUUUUUUUUUUUUAAUAAAACAGGUUGCAUAUGAAGCCAAAAAACAGAAUAUCAUGGAGCACUUGAGGCAACUUUUCAUCUCUACCCCACAAAGUACUGUCAGCAUGGCUGGCCACAUAGAUGGCCAUCCAAUCUACAGCCCCAUUAGCUUCUCUAAAUACAUGUAUGGCUCGAAAUGUCUGUUUUUAUUAUAAACCAAAAGGCGCACAAUAAGUUUGCAGGGCUUUUCUUAAAAAACAUGUAGACUCUGCUUUCAUUGUGUUGGAUUUUGUUUCUAGGUGUGGUGAGAUAUAAUCAAGUACGCUGCAAGAUCAAGGGAUGCUUGACUCUUGGUGAAAGAUUGACGAGCUCAAGUGUAUGAAUUCUCUAGGGGAUUUCUUACUUAAAAGUUAUUUUCUGGCUUACCAAAUAAGUUUAUUGAAGGAACUGAUCUAAGCAUCUCUCUCUCU